AGAGAGGGAGACGGAGUCAAACCUGCGCGCUCGGCCUCCCCACGGAGCCGCUUCGCCACACAGCCUCAGAUGGGAGGAACUGGUGUUUAAGACAGAAACCUGCAGGAGUUUGUGUCUCAGACUCCCAGGACUCAAAGGGCACUUGCUGCCUUGAGAGGCAAGCUGACCUCUGAGGUUAAGGAGUGGAGGAGGUUGGUGGGAGGCCACAGCGAGGGAGCUGCUCCCCACAGAAGGAGACGCAGCAGUUUGCAGGAAGCGGGUGAACCGGAGGAGAUGGCUACAGGAGAGAUCACCACACUUCCCUCCGCAGCUGAGGACGACGGCAGCGGCGGUUUUCCUGGGAGCUUCAAGGAGCCGAAGAGGCUGUACUGUAAGAACGGAGGCUUUUUCCUGAGGAUCAAAUCUGACGGGGGCGUGGACGGCAUCCGGGAGAAAACCGACCCCCACAUAAAGCUCAAGAUGCAGGCGACCUCCGUGGGGGAGGUGGUCAUCAAAGGAGUCUUUGCGAACCGGUACCUGGCCAUGAACCGGGAUGGACGGCUGUUUGGAGCGAAACGAGCGACGGACGAGUGCUACUUCCUGGAACAUCUGGAGAGCAACAACUACAACACCUACCGCUCCAGAAAAUACCCCAACAUGUACGUGGCACUGAAGCGGACUGGUCAGUACAAGUCCGGGAGCAACACCGGGCCGGGUCAGAAGGCCAUUCUGUUCCUCCCCAUGUCUGCCAAGAGCUGAUCAGAGGUCAGAGGGAUCUUCACGGAAACAACUGCAGAGAUGUGAAGCCGAUGACGUCAGCGUUCCACAACCGAAAGUAGCCGUGACUCGUGACGGGUCGGUUACAGUUUAAUCCCGAACAUAUCUGAAGUCGUUGGGCCGAACUCUUGAGUCAGUGCUGCAUGUUCUGACCCGGCUGCUUCCCAGGAAAACCAGGACUUUACCGGAGUCUGACGGCCCCGGCGGAGCAACAAGAACCUGCCC